AUGCCUCCCAAAGGAAUGAGCAACUCCAAGGCCAUCUUUGCCAAUCCACUACAAACACAAGCAGGUACGUCCCUCAACUCCCAUCACUCGAAGGCGUGGGAUCCUCGCCCUGACCGCUUCCCGCUUCCCGCUUCCCGCUUCCGUUGCUCCCCGCCCGCCCCACCCAUCCCACGCCUCGCAGAUGAUGUCAAGUACAGGACCAAGUACCAGCAACUCAAAGGGAAGCUCCAGGAGGUCGAACAGGUCAGUCAUAGAGUCCUCGCUGGACAGCGUUGUGUCACGUUGUCUGCUCGUCAGGGACAUUCCUCGCUCACUUUGUUCGCCGAUUGUCUCCACGUCAGGACAACGCCAAGCUCGCACUUCGAGUCUUGCGUUCCAAAAAGUCGAUUCAACGAUUACGAAUAGAACGAGCGUGAGUGUUCAACCACCCGGCAUCGUCAACGAUAAUUGCUCGUGAGCUCAUCCCGAACUCGACCUGCAGGAUCCUCUACGAUCGACUGCAGAACUCAUCGACGCCGACGGAUCCAUACAAGCUGAGGACAUCAACCCAUCUCUCUAAGCUCUCGAUUGCUACUACAGCAACAGCUGCAGAGCCGCCGAAUGAAGCCACGUCGACCAUCCCGGAAGAGAACAACUUGAACACGGCCUCUACCUUCACCUCAUCCUCGGCAGCGAUCCCUACUGCUGCAACACAACAGGACAUCUUCCUGCAGCCCAUGUCGCAAGCCAAACUUGCCGCCCUGGUCCAACCGCCUCCAUUCUCAGAAGAGGACCCUGCCCCGCCGACAGGUGCCAAGGAUUGGGGGGAGAGACCUUACGCCGGCGUCGUCGGCGAAGGGACCCCGAGUGGGGCUCGGCCGGUGGAGGCGAUGGCUCAAGCGACGGCCAAGGUGGAGGAUGGGACCGAGGGGAUGCAGGUGAUACAGGCAUAA